CGAUCACGUUUCUCUAUUGACCAAAGACUGCAAGGGUAAAUUCGUAGUUUAUAAACGAAACAUUGUGCCUUACGGGGGAGAAGGAUUUGGCGACCUGUAUUUCCUCUUCCAAGGACAAGCAGCUGAAGAUGCAUCCCCAAGCGCCCUCACCACGCAGUGGCACCAGCCUCGCCUUCCUGGCCGUCGUCGCCGCUGCGCUGCUCUCGCCCCAUCUCACACUCGCAGCCCCUCACGGCGGCGGAGGCGACAGCAGCAGCAGCCCGACAGCCCUCCGCCUCACGACGCGCAACAUCGUAACCGCGCUCCCCCGCAGCGCGACCGGCGUCGAGGCGGCCGUCCAGCCGGUCCUCGACUUCGACACGGACGGGUGCUACAACACGGCGGCGAUCGACAGCAGCGGACGCACCAACUCCGGCCUGGACUCGGUGCUCAAGUGUCCCGCCGACGACUGCCGCAACACGGCGCGGCUGCAAAACAACAACGUGUACUCGCGGCGGCGGUGCAACAACGGGUGGUGCGCGGUGAUGUACGAGUACUACUUUGAAAAGGACCAGGCCAUCUGCGGCUCCUUCCUCGGCGGCCACCGGCACGACUGGGAGAACAUCGUCGUCUUUGUCGAGCAGGCGACCAACACGAUCAAGCGCAUCGCCCCGUCCUGCCACGGGAAAUACGAGCACGCAGCCAACGACGGGUUCCGCCUCGACGGCGCCACCGGCCGGCCGAAGAUGGUGUACCACAAGGACGGCGCCGGGACGCACUGCUUCCGCUUCGCCAACGAGAGCGACGACCGCAUCGAGAACGAGACGGGCCAGUGGUUCUCGGGCGCCCUCGUCGGCUGGGACAACUGGCCGAGCGCCGGGCUGAGGGAUGCCAUGCUCAACGCGUGGAGCGGGGGUGUUGGGCCCAAGCUCGAUGGCGAGUUUGUGGAUUCGCUGAGGGCGGCGGCUGGUGGGCAGGUGCCAGGUUUUGAUCCAAGCAUUGAUGCUUGAUGGAAAUAUAUGUCAUGGAUAUCACACUGUCGUGGCGCAUAAUCCACACAUCUAGUGACUCAGUAUCGCCAUACAUAAUGGCAGGGUCACGAAAUUUCCUCCGAAUAAGAAAAAAAAAAUGUUGUUGUGACGCGCGGACUCAGUCGAGCCGCGGGUGUAAUCCAAUGUGUCAUUCAAGCAGCCUUGGUGAGAGGCGGAAGAUCAAUCUCAAAGUACUCCUAGAGGCGUGGGGCCCCUCGCCCAUUCCUGUCCAAUCCCAAACCCCCAAACAUGUAAAAUGCAAACGCAUGUGAUGUCGUGAGUAGCCUAACCCAGACUUUGGGAAAAUGUAGUU